AUGAGUUUACCAACAUUUGCUUGUUUACCUUCAUUCUUAGAAUUCGAUCCAUCAAACCAUUCUCAACAAAAACCGCAACCAUCAUCAUCAACAUCAGAAUUCAAUGAAUCUACUCAGCCUAACAUCGGGCCACAUUCGCCUGCUCGAGUUGCUUAUUACUUUCCAAAAGGUGUAGGAGAAUACCAUUUCGGGAAAGGUCAUCCAAUGAAACCACAUCGACUUACAAUCCUAAAUCAUUUGGUCGCUGGUUAUGGAUUACAUAAUCAUAUGGAAUUUCAUUCACCUAGACCAGCUUCACGUGAAGAACUUGAAGUGUUUCAUUCAGCUCCAUACUUAGAUUUCCUAGAAUUAAAUAAUAUACGAACCUUACCAGAUCAAAAAGUAGAAGGAGGUCAAUCUUUAAGUUUAGGACCUCAUAAUACAGGUGAAGAUUGUCCAAUGUUUGAUGGAAUUUAUGAAUUUUGUUCAAAAUAUGCGGGUGCAAGUUUAAUGGCAGCAAGAAAAUUAAAUUCUGGUACAUCUGAUAUCACUAUAAAUUGGUCUGGUGGAUUACAUCAUGCGAAAAAAUCAGAAGCUUCUGGGUUUUGUUAUGUGAACGAUAUCGUUCUGGCUAUCAUCGAAUUACUUAGAAUUCAUCCUAGAGUACUGUAUAUUGACAUAGAUAUCCAUCACGGAGACGGAGUCCAAGAAGCAUUUUACUUAUCAAAUCGAGUUUGCACAGUAUCAUUUCACAAAUACAAUGGCGAAUUUUUCCCGGGUACAGGCACGAUAGAUGAAAUAGGAUAUGGAUUAGGAAAAAACUUCAGUUUUAAUUUACCAUUGUCAGAUGGAAUAGAUAAUGAAAGUUACAUAAAUUUAUUUCGAUCCACAAUCGAACCGAUUAUGAAUUGUUUUAAACCAAGUGCGAUUGUGCUACAAUGUGGUGCUGAUUCUUUAGGUGGUGAUAGAUUAGGUGGUUUCAAUAUCUCAAUUGCUGCUCAUGGAGAAUGUGUUAGAUUUAUGAAAUCGUUCAGGAUACCUUUAUUGGUUUUAGGUGGUGGUGGUUAUACGCCAAGAAAUGUAGCAAGAUGUUGGACAUAUGAAACAUCAGUUUUAGUAUCAGAUACGUGUCCAACAAUACCUAAUACAUUACCUUCAACACCAUACGAUUCAAUCUUCAAAGAUGAACCAAAACUUCAUGUGAAUUUAGUCACUAAAGUAGAUAAUACGAAUAAUCGAAAAACAUUAGAAACUUUAAGGAUUGGAAUUUUAGAAAGAUUAAGGUAUAUGCAUGGAGCACCAAGUGUCCAAAUGCAAGAAAUCCCUCCUGGCUUAUCUGAUUGGUUAGAAAGCGAAUCUGAAAUGUUAGAAAAAGAUAAAGAAAGAGUUCAAGAUUUUAGAAGAUCAAAGUCUAAAUCAACAGGAGUUUUAUUAGAUUAUUUUCCAAACAAUAAUCAACCACCACCACCAAGACGAAAUAGUAGAUCAGGUUCAGUUUCUUUACAUCAAUUCAACCUUCAUGAACUUUCUAGUGGGAUUAAAGGUAUGCCAGUGGCUAGAACUAGAGCUAGUUAUGCUUUGAAUUCUAGGGAUGUUAGUCGUAGAAAUACGAUUGUAAAAGAAGCGGGAGCCAAUCUUACUGGAAAUCUCAAUCAGAAUCAGACAGGAGAUGGGGAUGGAAAUGGUGGUGGAAAUAAAAAUGAAAAGAAUGUGGAUUCUAUGGACUUGGAUUUGUGAUCGAUGAACAAAAGACAAAAUAUAAAAGUAUGCAGAAAUUUAUUAGAAUUGGAAUUUGUUUUGGUAUGCUAAUUGUAGGGAUUGGAUUUUAAGAUCUGAAGUGGUUUAUGUUAUCUAAGUCUUUUUUUCGUUUUUAUCAUUGUAAUUCUAAGCUGAGCAGAAAAAAAAUGUAAUCAAAAUUAUGUUUCAGGAAUGUGAUGUGAUUAUCAAGAGGGGUUCAAAUUUUUC